GCGGCGGUACGGCCCUGCGCGGCGAAGAUGGCGGCCUGCAGCUGGGCGCGCGCGGUCGUGGUCCUGCUCUGUGCCUCUGACCUCCUGUUGCUGCUGCUGCUACCGCCUGGGGCUUGCGCCGCUGGGGACCCGCCCGGAGCACCCGGCGAGGCUACCCCACCCCCCCGCAAGAAGAAGGAUAUUCGCGAUUACAACGAUGCGGACAUGGCGAGGCUCCUGGAGCAGUGGGAGAAAGAUGAUGACAUCGAAGAAGGAGAUCUUCCAGAGCACAAAAGACCCUCAGCACCUGUCGACUUCUCACAGAUUGAUCCAAGCAAGCCUGAAAGCAUACUGAAAAUGACCAAAAAAGGGAAGACCCUGAUGAUGUUUGUCACUGUCUCGGGAAGCCCCACUGAGAAGGAGAUGGAGGAGAUCACUGGCCUGUGGCAGGGCAGUCUGUUCAAUGCCAACUACGAUGUCCAGAGGUUUAUUGUGGGAUCCGACCGUGCUAUCUUCAUGCUUCGUGACGGGAGCUAUGCCUGGGAGAUUAAAGACUUCUUGGUCAGUCAAGACAGGUGUGCUGAUGUAACUCUGGAGGGACAGGUAUACCCUGGCAAAGGAGGAGGAAGCAAAGAGAAAAAUAAAACCAAGCAAGAGAAGAGCAAAAAGAAGAAGGAGGGAGAGCCAAAGUCUUGGACUUCAAAGGAAGACAAUCGAGCUAGGAAUAAAAGAGAAGACCUGUAGCGGGCAGCCAUGGUGCUCUGCAGAGGGGCAGCAGGACACAGAGAGCCCUGCAAGGGCUCAUGAAGGUGGAGGCGGCCUGGGAGACCGUGUGCUGGCUGACGUUCUAGUUUCUUAGCAAAGAGUGUGCCUCACGACCAGUUUGUGCUCAGUAUAAGAAUUGCCAUUUAAAAGGCUUCAAGUGAGAAGACUGAAAUUUUCUAAUUAAUAUCGGACACUGACAAAUUAAUGUUUACUACGAAAUCAUUUUAAAUGGGAUGAGUGUGUUACUUUUCCCCAUUUAAACCUGGCAAAUCAGUGAUUAUACUGGGGACUUCCUGUCCUGUGAAUGGGACGCUGGGACCAUUCCCUCAUCAUUGCACCUGCUCUGAUCGGAUGGCCUGCUGGGUCAGGGCUUUGCAUUUUAUAUUAAGCAAAAGGAUACCAGAUUCUACUCAGACAAGCUUUAAUACUCCUGACUGAAUUGACUCAAACUCAUCACACUACCAGCAUCAUUUUCAUGACCAUAUUACGUGGCGAGCGUAUCUAGGUGUGAAGUUAGAACACGUGAUCAGAGCACUGCAGGGAGCGCCAAAAUCUAAAUCUACAGUCAGGAUGUGUAAACCCAGAAUCUGUGCCAAAAGUGCAGACGGUAGAAAAUAAUGUAACUUGGAAAGCCUAAGUGUUCACUUUGAGUUUUGUUAACUUGAAUCCCUCUCGUCAGCUAAAGAACUGUUGGUACCUGGCAGGUUUUACGGGGUCUGUGAAGUUCAGGCUUGGCUCUGUUGUGUUCUCUCAAUUAGGAAAACAUACUGGCAUCGAGGGUUCAGAUGUUCAUUUAAUGUGACAAUUUUCAAGUGUGAAUAGGGAAUCAGCAGAGUCCUUUGCAGGGUGUGGCAGAGGACUGGCUAACCUCGUUUAUUUCUAAGCAUUUAUUUUUCUUUGAUGAUGUGCCUAAACUUAUCAUUUUGUAUGGUACUAACAUUAUGUGCUACUUGUUAAAGUCUGGUUUUGCUGUGCGCAAGCUGGAGCCUGCUCUGAAUAAGAGUCACAGAAUUUACACACCGUUGUCGUUUUUAAGAAUUAAAUUGUUUGAAAAAAUUUCAGUUGCAAUUUAAAAAAAUUAAAUGUAAAACAUGUACACAGGUAGACAAUUUGAAUGGUCAAGAAUGGUACAAACUGAAAAAUACACGCCCACCCCACUGCCAGUCCUUUGACCGGUGGAAACCACUGUGGACAAUUUCUGUUUUUUCCUGAACGUACAUUUUCCAUCUUCUAGUGUUGUGUGUUUCUUUGUUUUGGCCUCAUCCCAUUAUUCUUAUUUUGUUAACUACUCAGACUUCAAGGAGCCCUGGUAGUGCAGUGGUUGAGCACUUGGCCGCUAAUUGUAAGGUUGGCAGUUUGAACCCACCAGCCACUCUGCAGGAGAAAGAUGUGGCAGUCUGCUUCUGGAAAGAUGACAACCUUGGAAACCCUAUGGGGUAGUUCUACUCUGUCCUGUAGGAUCUCUAUGAGUCGGAAUUGAUUUGACGGCACCAGUUUAUUUCAUUCUGACUUGCUCUCAAUGGACUGCACUCCCUCCAUUUUCAGUUCUGUGUUUUGGAGGGGUGGGGAUAUUUGCCCUGCAGCACCCCCAUCCUCCAGGCCUGUGCUCAUCCAGUGCCCGGGCCUGUGCAAUCGAGGCCUAGGCUGAGGACAUUAGGCCCCGUCGGAGCUGAUCCCAGCUUCAGUUUGCAUGAGCCACUCCAGGAGGAGGUGUUCUUCGUUUCUCAUAUCUCACACAGCUUGAACCCGGGAAAAUAGGUGGCUGGAGCUGCUGCAGCUGUUUUGCACUCAAGAGGAGAGCUGUCUGCAGAGCCAAGACAGGAAGAGCAGGAGAGAGCCUGAGCCCUCGUGGUAUCUUUGAAAACCCCUGAGUCCAGCCAUGCCUGAAACAAACCUGGGCCCUGGGCCUUUUCGGUUUUGGAACCCAGUGAACCUAGUUUUUUAACUUAAGGUAAUUUGUCAGUUUUCUGUCAUAUGUAGCCACAGUGGUCCAGCAUAGAGCAACUAUCCUGACUGGACCAAACCCAAACCAAACCCACUGUUGAGUCAGUCCCCACUCAUAGCAGCCCUGUAGUCCAGAGUAGACCUGCCCCAUACGGUUUCCAAGGUGUGGCUGGUGAAUUCAAACUGCCUUCCACACUACCCCGUAUCUUCUGUUCCCACUUAGAAGUCUUUCUGUAUCAGGAUGUACACAUCUACCUCAUUGCUUCCUAUGGACUGUGCAGUAACUUCAGCCAGUAUUUACUGACUGUUAUGUGCCAGGCACUGCUAGGUGCCAAGGAUGGCAUAGAUGGAGCCCCCGCCUUCGUGAAGCUCAGUGAUUUGGUGGAGGAAGCCAAGUGUUAAUCACAGAAAAAGUAAAAUGGUGUUGGUAGAAGUAUGAAAGUUGCACACAGUGCUAUGAGAAUAUAUUGAGCUGGGUGCUAAUCUUGAGAUGGUCAGAGAGGACGAGGAGGAGGAGGAGGAGGAGGAAGGGAGUGAUCCAAGAAGAGGAAACAGCCCGUGCAAAGGCCCUGAGGCUAGGAGAGUGAGAAGCUGCAGUAAGGCCAGUGACUAGGCAGUACAGGGCGGGCUGGAGAGGUAAGUAGGUACAGGAGAUUUCGAGGCAUCCUGAGGAAAUGGGGACAUUUCAACAGAUUUUAAGCUGUGGUGGGGUGGGGGGCAAGUGACAACCCAGUUCGUACUGGCUGCGUUGAAGAAUUAAUUGAAAAGAAGCACCCCAAACCCAAUGACAUUGAGUCCAUUCUGGCUCAGCGACCCUAUAGGACAGAGCAGAACUGCCCCUGUAGGGUUUCUUAGGCUAUAAAUCUUUAUGGAAGCAGACUGCCAUAUCUUUAUCCCGAGGAGUGGCUGGUUUGUUCAAACCACUGACCUUUCAACCUGGUGCUUAACCACUGCACCACCAGGGGUCCCUAAAAGGGGCACCAGUGGGUGUGAAAAAGUGGAGAGAGUAUUUCAGCGGUUGAUGGUGGUCCAGAUUAGCAAGACUGGUGAGGUGUGAACCACAGCUUACCUGUACAGCCUCUGCUGCUGGACACGCCAGUUGUCGGGGCUUUUGUUAGCGCGUACGAAGCCGUGACGGACACUUUAGAACAAAUCUUGCUAAACUUUUGUUUAUAUCUGAAGGGUCAGUUCCUAGCAGUGUGAAUUCCUGGCACAAACAGAAAAUGAAACAUUUUGGUGUAUACUACCAAAAUGCCCUCUCAAACGGUUGUGCCAGUUUACACUCUUGCCAUGAUUUCCUCUUAUCCUUGCCAGCACUGAGCAUCACACUUGCCAAUUUAAUAGACCAAAAAUCCUUGUCCUAUUUGGCUACCCUGAAGUCACCGAAAUGGAGAGACCAAGUAAAGCUAGAGACACCCAGGGAGCCCCAACUACUGCAGCCCCAGCUGUGAGUCUUCCCAGCCCCGGGGCAGACGAAUGAGCACGUGAGUGAGCUUUCCAGUGCUCCCAGCCUUCAAGCCUCUGAGCAGACGCCAAGAUGAGCUGUCCCGCACAGCCCUGCCCAGUUUUCAGAUUCAUGAACAGAGGGAAUGUCACGGGUUAAGCCAGAAAAUAGAAAUUUGUACGUACACAUAAUCUUCAUUUAUUUUCACUGUCUUUACGUCUAUUGAUGGAAUAAAUUUAGACACUAUCUUUGACUAUUAUGAAAUGAGGAACUUUAUUAGAUAAAUAUACAUCCUUCCACUUCCUCUGGUUUUGAUGGUUAUUCUGUAGUUCUAGUACUUAUGGUGGAUUCCUUUAUAAUGCUAAACCUUUUUUUUUUUAAUUCAACCAACUUAACAAUUUUUACCUAUUAUCACUUAAAGGAGCCCUGGUGUCACAGUGGUUAUUAAACGCUUGGCUGCUAACAGGCCAGCAGUUCGAACCCACCAGCCACUCCGUUGGAGAAAGAUGUGGCAAUCUGCUUUAAUAAAGAUUAAAAACAAGCACAUUGUCGUCAAGCUGAUUCCAACUCACAGCGACCCUGUAGGACAGAGUAGAACUGCCCUUUAGGGUUUCCAGGGCUGUAAAUUUUGACAGAACUGCCGAUAUUUUGAUUAGCAGCCAAGCACUUGACCAGUGCCACCAGGGCUCCUUUUAUAGAUUUCAGCCUUGGAAACCUUGUGGUGGCAGUUCUCCUCUGUCCUACAGGGUUGCUGUGAUUUGGGGUCAACAGCAAUGGCUUGGUUUUUUGGUUAUUAUCACUUAACUAGUAACUCCCUACUAGUCAAGGUGAGGAAAUUUAUGAACAUCCUCCUGUCUUUCCCAUUUGUUGUUUAAUAUUAUUAUAAUGACAAGAUAUUUAAUACCCACUUCUUGUAACCAUUACUCUCAGUUUUGAUGCUUGAGUGAUGACAAUGUGGUGGGCAUAGCAUUUGGGGGUCUGGCCUUUUUCCUCAGCACUUUUAUACAGCCAUUGCUCCCUCGGAGAGCUCUGAGGCCAGCCUUCAUCUUUUCCCCUUAGAAGUGAGCGCUUUUUCUGUCACAUUGCCUGGGGCUUGUUUCUCAUCCUAACUCUCGGUGGUUUUGGUAGGAAAGGUCCUGAUUUAGAUGUUUCUGAAUUUCUUUUCUUUUCCUCUCUCUCUCCUAAAACAUGGUGUGCCAUUUCCAAUGGCAGAUUCAGCUAUUUAUUUAUUAUCAUUUUGGGAAAAUGUAUCCUCUAUUGCUAACUUCUUUUUAGAUUUAUGUUGGUGUUUUGGGCAUCAAUUUGUUUCUUAGCACCGAAAUGAGAUUUUUGUUUUUUAGUCUCUUUCAGCCUUUAAUCUCAUCUUUGAGCUGUUUUUAUUAAAAUUCAUGUUCUUACUAAGUCCUGUAACUCAAAAGAGUACAAGGGGAGACUCAUGCUUCCUGGAGUCAUGUUUUUUCCAGACUAGAUUACUUGUCUGCCUAGAUUUGCCGCAGUCUUCUUUGUUGUUGUUUUCAUGUAACAGAGUGGGUCGAGGCCACCACAUCUUUGUUUUUUCUCCCUCUUGUUCUUGCUGAGUAGACCAUCUUUGCCCAGACCUUGGCAGCAGCCUGCAUUUUAGGAGACUUCUCCCUGAUUCCCUUCACACAUUCUCUGAGAUGUGUUUGUUUCCCUGGGAGAUGCCAUUCAAGGGCUGAGUUUUACUUUCUCUCCGCUUUUCUAGAACUGAACAGGAAAGGGGGAGGGGCUGAAGCAAGCUGCAUGGGGCCAUGCCUGACAGGUGUGCCCUGCCCCCCUCCUGUGGUUUAACUAGGGGUCCUCCUCCUCUACGGGAGGGGUGACUUCUCUUCCAGGGCGUUGAUCUUCAGGCUUCAGAGGGAACACCCAAAUUAGCAGUGAACUUCGGACCCUUUGCUCCUCUUGGGGAGGAUCAGACUGGGGUAUUCUUUACUCUGCUACACUGUUUCUUCCCAAGAACCGUUCUUUCUGCUCCUACAGGAGGGAAGAACAUGGCAAAUUCAGCAUUUAGCUAGGGCAGGAACUAGGGUGAGGGGAGUGAGGGGACACCGCACAACUCGGUAAUCAAGAUGAAUAAUAUUUUAAUACAAUAUUUUAAAAUUCAAAACUAUUCCUCAAAAAGUUAAACAUAGAACUACCAUAUGACCCAAUCGCAAUCCUAGGUAGGUGCCCAUGAGACUUGAAAGCAGGAUCACAGAGACUUGUGCACCACUGUUCAUUGCAGCAUUCUUCACAGUAGCCAAAAAGUGGAAACAACCCAAAUGCCUAUUGCCAGAGGAGAACCGACAGACGAAAUGUGGAACAUACAAUGGAGUAUUAGUCAUAAAAGAAAUGAAUUCCCGGUGUAUGCUACAACAUGGCUGAACCUUGAAAACAUGCUGAGUGAAAGAAUUCAGACACAAAAGGACAAAUAUUGUAUCAUCCCACUUAUAUGAAAUAUAACUAGAACAGGCAAAUCCAUAGAGACCGAAGUUUAUUAGUGGCUACCAGGAGCCCACCCAAGCCCUUUGCUGUCCAUUUGACUCUUUCUUAUAGUGACCCUAUAGGACAGAGUAGAACUGCCCCAUAGGGUUUCCAAGGAGUGGCUGGUGGAUUUGAACUGCCGACCCCAUAACUCUUAACUACUGCUCCACCAGGGCUCCACUACCAGGGGCCAGUGGGAGAGGAGAAGGAGAAGUUAUUGCUUAAGGGGUCCUGAGUUUCUGUUAAGGGUGGGGGAAAAAUUUGGGAACGGAUAGCGGUGAUGGUUGCAACAACAUCGUAAUUAAUGAACGUCAUUAAUGUUGCUGAAUUGUAAGAAAGGUUGCAAAGGCAAAUGUUAUGUAUAUUUUUACCACAAUAAAAAAAAAUCAAAAUUAAUGUAAAAAAACCAUGACAAAGAAAAUGUCAACAUUUUAAAUAAAAUCAGGAUCCAAGGGCUGAGAUUAGGAUGAGGCGGCGAGGGUUGGAUCUACUAUCCUAAACCAACAGUCUUUAGUUGCCAUUUCUUUUUCUUUUUUUUUUUUUUUGAGGAUGGGACAAAGUAUUUCAGUAAAAAUGUUUCUUCAAAAAAAAAAUUAUUCCAAAAAAAAUUUUUUUGUUGUUGUUUUUAAUCUCUUUUCAAACAGUUUUUACUUUGUCAAAGUAGAAAAUCUCACACUCUGUUAGGAGUAAAAGAGGAGUUUUGUUGAGGAAUAAUUUAUUUUAUUUUAUUUUUUAUAGCUAUAGCUGGUUAGGAAGCUGGGGUGGUGUAGUGGGUAAUAGCUACGGCUGCUAACCAAAGGUCAGCAGUUCGAAUCCACCAGGUGCUCCUUGGAAACUCUAUGGGGCAGCUCUACUCUGUCCUAUAGGGUCACUAUGAGUUAGAAUCAGCUCGGACGGCAGUGAGUUUGUUUUUUUUUGGUAUAGCUGGGCAACACUAGAUAAAAAUACAAAGUGCUCCACCAUUCAAGUGGAGAGAGGGGUCCGUAUACAUGGAGAACAAAGGAAAGGAAGGGGUUAAUGGUUGAUAAGAUCAGCUUCAAUUUGAAGUCCUUUAAAAUGUAAAUGCCUCCUGCCACUUGGCUAAAAAAAAAAAAGCCAAACCCACUGCUGUCGAGUGGAUUCCAACUCAUAAAGGGGUGGGUUACCACCUGGGUGAAUGGCACCAGCCAGUUCCGUUAUACACCAUUAUACACAUUUUUAUACACAGUCUUCCGAGGAACAAAUCAUUUGCAUCUUGACACACUGUUCCUGAGUGGCUUACAUCCUGACCUUUUGUUUCCUGAGAAUGCAUCCUGGCCCCAUCAUUCUUAGUCUGACAUGAGUGCCUCCAGUUUGAAACUUUCCCAUUUGUAGCUUUAAAAAUGUUAAAACGCUUUGAAUACAUAGGUGCGGGAUAAGUUGGUACUUCCAGUAUUCCAUGAAUGAAUGAAAUGAUUUUCAAUACAAAUAAUAUGACUGGUCUGUUUGAUUUGAAAGGAGUCUUGUUGGCUCAGUGGUUAAGCACCAGCCUGCUAACUGAAAGAUCUACGGUUUGAACUCAUCAGCCGCUCCACAAGAGAAAAUGUGGCAAUCUGCUUCCCUAAAGAUUUACAGCCUAGGAAACCCCAUAGAGAAGUUCUACUCUGUCCUAUAGGAUUGCUAUGAGUUGGAAUGGACUUGUAGGCAAUGGGUUUGGGUUUUUUUUUUUUUUUUUUUUAAUUGCAGCACCAUGAUUUUACUUAACAGACUGAGGCAGUGGAAAGAGUAGGAUCAGACCAUGGUUCCAGGCAUGGCUCUGUUACGCAGGAGUUGUGAUCUGAUCUCUGUCUCACUCUCUACAUUCCUUUCUAGGAACAUCUGUUUCAGCCCAAGGCUCCAGCUGCCCUGUUGGCACGAGUGACCCGACCCCCACUCUCCCCACCCUGUGUAUGGCCAUAGCCAGUCGGGCCAGAGAUGGGAAUCUGACCCACGGGGAACUCGACCACACACCAGGUUGGCAAAUCAGAUCCUCUUGGCCACACACUGAGUGGUUUAAUAGCUGAGUUGGCAGUGCAGCAACUAGAGUGAAGUUUCGAGAACUUCUGUGGGUGACAUUUCUGGACUUGCCUGGAAUUUCUUACCUCCUGGAUCUUGAUUGUUCAGGUUGUCUCUGGAUUCUGAGAGCUCUGGAUCCUUGCGAUAAACCUUUAACUGGAGCUAGAUUGAAGAGGUUUCGGCAAUCGGUCUGAUUAUCCUACUCUCAGUUACCCAUCUAUACCAAAGACACUAAACUAGUUGUUGGCAAGUCAACACUGACUCAUGGCGUCAGAGUAGACCUGUCCUCCCCUGAAUUUUCAGUGGCUGAUUUUUUGUAAGUGGAUCGCCAGGCCUUUCUUCAAAGGUGCUUCUGAGUGGACUCAAACCUUCAGCCUUUUGGUUAGCAGCCGAGCACAUUAGCCGUUUGCACCACUCAGGGCCCCUAUCCAUCUACAAAAGUCCAACAUGUUAGCAUUGAGGCGAUUCCGACUCAUCGCAACCCUAAAGGACAGAGUAGAACUGCCACAUAUAGUUUCCAAGGCUGUAAUUUUUGCGGAAGCAGGCUGCCACGUCUUUCUUCUGAGUAGCACUGGUGGGUUCAGAGCAGCUAGUGGGUUCGAGAUGCCGACCUUUCGCCUUUCGGUUAGCAACUGAGCAUUUAACCACCGUGCCACCAGGGCUCCUUAUCCAUCUAUAAACCAAAAAGAAAAACCAAACCUGUUGCUGUCAAGUUGAUUCCGACUCAUAAUAACCUGAAGCACACAUGUAAACCCACUGCCCCUGGAGUGGCUAGUGGGUUUGAACUUCCAACCUUUGGGUUAGCAGUCGAGCACUUUAACCACAGCGCCACCAGGGCUCCUCAAAGUUCCAAGCAUUGUGCCUGUAUUGGCACUCUUUCCAUACUGUUGAAUAAUUGCAUUCCUUUUAGUUGCUUGGAGCCCUGGUAGUGUGAUGGGUAAGUGCUCAGCCAACAGUUCAAAUCUACCAGCUUCUCCUUGGAAACCCUAUGGGGGCAGUUCUACCCUGUCCUGUAGGGUUGCUAAGAGUCGGAAUCGACUCAAUGGCAGUGGGUUUGGUUUUUCGGGUUAGUUUGCUCACAAUUAUCAGUGACGUUACGUUGAGUAGUUCUUCUUUCCUUAGGGUUAGUCCUCUAGUGUCAAUUUCGGAUUGCUGGAGCGAAGGACAUGUUUUUACUGUAUGUUGCCACCUAUGUCCAGAAGAAUUGUAUCAAUUUGUGUGUCACCAGCAAUAUAUGAGUGGAUCCAUAAAUUCUUCAAAAAAACUCACUAGACUUGUGCAUUUUAAAGUUCAUUAAUGUAUUGAUUCAUUCAACAAAAAUAUUAUUGACAACUGGCACACCAGACAUAGUGUAAUAGAUAUAUAAUUUUAUUUUAAUUUUCAUGUUUUUGAUUAUUAGUGAGGUUUCAUGUUCUCCCAAUGCUUAACAAAAAUCAGUUCCUCUUGUGAAAAUUAUUCUUAUCUUUUGUCCUUUAAUCUAUUGUGAGCCUGCAAUGUUUUGCCAAUUUGUGUGCACAUUAUUGAAUAUGAAAAUUAACCCUUUGACUGUGAAAUCCAAUGGCAGUAUUUUUUCCUGUGGUGAGGCCAUGCAGAACCUUCUAGACCAGGUUUGGAGAGUCCAAGCCUGAGGGCUUUACGGUGAUAUUGGGGUUUUCACUUAGCCUUGCAUUAGGAGUCCUUUAGGAUGGAAGCCUGAGAAGAAAAGUCCCAAAGAAAAGGAGUGGCUGAAUUGGAUACCCAGAAGAUCAGUUGGUUCUGGGGAACAGAGGGGAUAUUGAUGAUAAUUACAAGAAUGAACGCAUUUUGGACUUUAGAGUUUAGACCUGCUUCACGUUAUCUGUCGCAUUUGAGCCUCACAUCUGCCCUGCAGUGGGGGUGUGGGUAGCUCCAGCUGAAGGCUAAGCAAGCCCAGAGGGGAAGGGACUUGCCCAUGAUCACACAGCCAAUGAGUGCUUCUUCAUAAAACCCCUAUCAACUGAAGUAGAAUUGGCCAUUCUCUCCACCUUACAUCUAGAAAACAAAGGCACAGCUUGAGAAAGUGAUUUGGCUAGGACCGAAGGCAUCGUUGUCUUCCCAUAAAGGAAAAAUCAAUUUAAAAUUGAGGGAUGUAGCCACAAGGGGGCAGCAGAGACCCACCAAAAACUCACUGCCUCCAUACCACUCACUGCCUUGGUGAGAGCGCUUCAGCUAUUCUUUUAACCACCAAAUCACUCAGUCCCUGUUGGCAAAAUAUCUGUGAAAAUCUGCAUACACCUCCCUCUCUGAAUUUCCCUUUGAAAUCCACAGCAUUAGCUAACUGGGUACACUGUUUAGAAAUUUCUACUGUUGUACAGAUAUUAUUUCAUCCUCACAGCAACUUUGUGAAGUAGAUACUAUACUAUCAUUCUCAUUUUACAGACAAAGAAACUAAGGCACAGAGUAUUUUGCCCAAGGUCACACUGCUAGGAAGUGACAAAGCCAGGAUUUGAACCCAGGUAGUCAGGCUCCAGAGCCCAUGUCCAUAACCACCAUGGUGAUUUGCUUGGGAAGAGAGUGUCUCCCUGUCUCCAGACCUCAUUGCAGAUCCCAGUGUUUGUGGGUUCCUUCACUCACCAAAGACUACUGAGCACCAGUAUGUUCUGGAAUUGUGCUAGGUGUUGGGGAUGGCGGGGGAAUAAGGCAGGUGAGAUCCCUACCUUCUUGGUGUUUACAGAUUGCCUGAAGAUACUGAAUGUCAUUUGCCAUUUUUUGAGCACCCACUAUGUGCAGGCUCGUCACAGACUUUAUUUUGUUUCCUCUCCAUAACCCUGCAAAGGGAUGUUAGCAUUAUGGUGAGGCCCGUUAGAGCACAGCUCUGGAGUUAGGCUGCCCAGCUUUAUAUUUUAUCAGCCCUGUUGGAGCAGUGGUUAAGUGCUUGGCUGCUAACCGCAAAGUUGGCAGUACGAACCCACUAGCCGCUCCAUGGGAGAAAGAUGUGGCAGUCUGCUUCCAUAAAGAUUACAGACUAGAAAACCCUAUGGGGCAGUUCUACUUUGUCCUUUUGGGCUGCUAUGAGUCAGAAUCGACUCGGUGGCAACGGGUUUGGUGUUUUGAUUCAUAAUCUUAGGCAAGUUAUUUAAAGACAUUAUCUGAGCCUAUAAAACCAAAAAAAAAAAAAAAAAAAACAA